UUUACCUACUAAAGUCAUGAAUAGUUUUAAUAUAUUAUUUUAUACAUUUUUUAACCUACAUUAGAAAACUUAAUACUAAAAUUUAUGUUUUAUUGUAUUUCUCUCUUGAUUUUAUGUUUGCAGGUUUAAUAGUCUUAUAAGGUAUAAAAAAUUGGAUCUAUUAAAAAGACUUGUUCAGCAGUCCUACUAAAUUUUUGACGUGGGUUGCAUGAAAAUUCGUGGAGAUACUAUGUGCGAUACAAAUAUCAGGCCUAGUACAGAUAACCCUUUUUAUUUAGACAAAAAAGCUGAUGAAAAUGAACUAUCAAUGGGCUUAAUUAAAUCCGCCAAGCGAACUGGCCACCUGAGUUUAUGCAACAGGGGACUUGGAACAGUACCCCCAAAUGUAUGGAAAAUUGAUGAACUUGUUAUGGAUGAUACAAAAGAGGUAGAUUUUUCAAGGUCAGAGCAAAACAGCUGGUGGAGUUGUGAACCACUGAAAAUGCUAGAUCUCAGUUCCAAUGUUAUAAAAGACAUAUCACCAAAUAUCAAAAUGCUUCAGGAACUUGUUACACUCAAGUUACAUGAUAAUGCAAUAAUGGCACUCCCAUCUGAAAUUUCCGAGUUGAAAAGCCUUUCAAAUCUAAGCCUGGACCGGAAUAAACUUACUGAACUUCCCAUUGAGUUCUACAAGCUGACAGAGCUGAGGUGGCUCAGUAUCUCACAUAAUAAACUCAAAAAAGUUGCUCCUGACAUUGGUGAUCUGGUUAUGUUAACAUUUCUGGAUCUGUCAUACAACAAGUUGGAAAAUCUACCCCCAGGCAUGGGGUACCUAGUGAGAUUGAUAGAACUCAACCUAUCUAACAAUGAACUUGGUGAGCUCCCACCUGAUAUUGUUAAUUUAAGAGAUUUAAAGAAAUUCAAUAUCAGUAACAACAAUUUGACAAUGUUGCCGCCACUUGGGGAGCUCAGGAAAAUGGAAGUAUUAGACGCUAAUCACAAUAACAUUGAGGAGUUGCCAGAUUUCUAUGGAUGUACAGCACUGAAGGAAAUAUAUUUAGCAAAUAACUAUAUUAAGAAAAUCACCGAAGAGUUCUGCGAUCAGAUGCAGCAUCUGAACGUGCUGAACAUCAGGGAUAAUAAACUGGAGGAGUUGCCGGAAAACGUGGCGCUGUUGCAGAAGUUAAAGAGGCUAGAUCUGACCAACAAUAGCUUGAAUAAGUUACCCCGUAACCUGGGUCUCCUGUCCCAACUGCAGAGCAUUAGCAUGGAAGGGAAUAAGCUGUCGUUCGUGCGCCAGGACGUGAUCCGCGGAGGCACCGACCGCAUGAUGAAGUACCUGCGAGACAGGAUGACGGAGGAGGUGGUCUGCGAGACCAGAUACGCAGCCGACUGGCCCGACAAGUACACGAUGAAGAAAAGCCAAUCAUUAAUGUUGCCGUCUCGGGACCUGUCUUCGGUUCCCGACGAUGUGUUCCGCACCGCGUCUGACGCCGAAGUGCACAUCAUUGAUAUAUCUAAGAACAAACUCACCGCCGUACCCACCGGAAUCUGUCACGUUCGCGAAACACUCUCGCAGUUGCUGCUAUCAUCCAACAGCAUCGAGUCGGUUCCGCCGGAGAUAAGUUGCUGCACCAACUUGCAGUACCUGGACUUGGGCAAGAACCUGAUCACAGACCUGCCGAUGCAGCUCGGAGACCUGAAGAAGUUGAGGGAGCUGGUCAUCUCUAAUAACAAGCUCACAAAGAUACCGCGGUGCGUUUAUGAGCUGGAAAGCCUCGAGAUCCUGCUGGCAGCGGAAAACCAGGUCACGGAGAUAAAUGUGUCUUCCGACGCCCUCGCUAAUCUCAAGAACCUGGCUGUACUGGAUCUCACAAACAACAGCAUCAUAUCUGUGCCUCCGGAACUAGGCAACUUUACACAUUUGAGGUCAUUAGAGUUGAUGGGUAAUUGCUUCAGACAACCUCGACACGCUAUCCUUGCGAAGGGCACCGCGACCAUUCUGUCAUAUCUCAGAGAUCGAAUACCCACUUAACUGUACGACUGUAUAUGUAUAUUCAAAAUCAUUUUCUUUUAGUAUUUAUGAAUGCAUUUUGGUAAAUUUGAUGGUUAUGGAAAGUAUUAAGAUUUUUUUGUCGCAAAUCGCCUGCUUACUAUACUUAGGUAUAGAUACCUACCGCGAGUAUUUGACAAUUACAAAUGUGUGCCAAUAUACAAUGAAUAUCGUUGUAGGCGCCUGCUCAAAUGAUUUUGGAUAUAAAUUUUUAGAUGCUAAUAUUAAAGAUAUUACAAAGAAAUAUUUCAAAAUUUAUAAAAAAGAAAAUUAAUUUUUAAAGUAUUAAAGCAACUGAAAUUAAAGUAUAAUCAUUUGGUUAUAUUAUUAUUAAGGCGACACUAAAUGCCAGCGACCUUGAGCGAUAUGAGUUCACGGCUGCCGGCCCGCCAUCUUUGUAACAAAGCCAAGAUUUUCAAAAUUCUUGGGUGGAAAACAGUUUAUAUGCUUACAAUCCUCGUUAUUCACUACUAAUCUGAAUAAAUGAACCUACACAAAAAAGUACAAGCUAUAAGAAUAACUUUUCUGAGAGAAGUACAAAAAAAAUGCGUCACGCCAUGCCAAAAAACUUGUUUAACUUCAAAGAAAAUCGGCAUUGUUAACUAUAAACAACAGCAAACAUUACAA